GAAACGUAGGAGUUUGUUUUAGAAAAUUCCUUCCGUAAUAGGUUUGGGAAAGGAAUUAUAUUUAGCGUAAAAUAAUAGGCCUGUUUGAGAAUGUGUUCGCGAUACUUUACAAUAAAAUCAAACACAUGGAACACCGCACUAUAAAAAGGUAUCCGAAUGAAAGGAAAGUAAUUAAAUUGCAAUUUACAUAUUUGCAGAGGAUUUUAAAAAGGCAGCCCUUGUAAUUGUCUGUCAUUUACAUGGCAGCGUUCAGAAUCAGAAGAUCAGCAUGCCACGUUCUUUUCUAGUGAGAGGAAGACCACAAGCAAAUCUUGUCCCAGUGGAUAAAAGUGCAGCCCCAGCUCAAACGAGAACCAUUCCAGAUAUCAAAACGGAGAAGACCCCUGCCGAUACAGAUAAAUCAGUGGAAACAAGCCGUGAUGUCCUGCCUUCUGCACAAGACCUUUCUUUCAAGCAAGUUCACGAGGCUGAUUAUCGCCCACGCAUUUCUCUUCCCACUCUUGUCAGACGGCAUGGCGUAGAGUACUUUGAGACGAAGUUUAGUUUUCCCAAGGUUCCUUUCUCAUUGCCGGCUCCACCAACGCCUUUCGUCUUUAGACCGGUACCUCGAUAUGGUGCUCUACCUUUCUCGUACAGUUGCCCAAAUCUUGUACCAAACCCAGACGAAUUAGCCUUCCGUCAUCUCGUUCAUCAGUCACCAUUCAUUCAAAGAAGCUUCGGUCAAGAGGCUUUCUUUCCCUCGGUCGGAGUGGCAGGUUGCCGAGAUCCACCGAACUUAGGCGAGCUGGUAGCACGAGAAACGAGUGCUAACAACGAAGAGAUAACGCCAGACGAGCAAACCUUCAAAACGAAACUUUACAAGUGCCAAGAAUGUGGAAAGGAGUUUAAGAGGCCUUCAAGUCUCUCCACUCACAAACUUAUUCACUCCGACCACAAACCAUACUCUUGUAAUUAUUGUGGGAAAAAUUUUCUCCGCAAGUCCGACAUGAAGAAACACACACUGAUGCACACGGGAGUGAAACCGUUCCAAUGUAAGCAGUGUGGCAAGGUUUUCAGCCAGUCGUCCAACAUGUUAACCCACAUGAGGCGCCAUACAGGGAUUAAACCUUUUCCCUGCAAGAUUUGUGGCAGGAGAUUUUACCGUAAAGUCGAUGUUCGCCGCCAUACGAUGAGACAUGAGUAUAGAACAAGCCCAGAGAGUGAAAAGACUAAUUAAACCAAAUAUACACUUUUCUUAAAGAACAUUAAACUAGGAGAUCAGGCCUUAAAGUAUUCGAAACUGUAUUGUAGAAUAUAACGGAAUCAAGCAUUUACCCCUAAACUGUGAGCGAAGAGUUAAGGAAUACAGAUAGACUUCUUAAUAAAAUUGAUAGAACAUCACUGAUUGCAUUUAAACGUUUAAGACAGAGAACCGCAUGUCUGCCUGUACUGAGAAGGUUGGUAGAUUUUUACUAGAAGAGUACUUCACGAUUUGAUAAAGAUUUCUCAGAAGGUAUGCAGGACAAUUAAAAAUAUGGUUAUUUGGUGUUAUUUUCAAGUUCAAUAUGUGCAUAUGAAGGUGUAAAAAAGUGUCGCAUUAAUUGCUUUAUUUGCCGAAGUCUUUACUUUUGCCCUUCGUUCGUUUAAUGUUGAAUUAUAAUGCUACUUCACCAUCCAAAGAGGAAAUAGCUUCUGUAUUGCUAAACACAGAAAAGGUAGCUCAAAAACUGAAUCACGGUUUUGCACAUAAAUAUGCAUGCGUCGUUUUGUUCUUAAAAGAAUUCAACCUUAAUUUGAAUUGAACAUGUUGAGCAGGUAACACGUUGUUAGUUGUCCAUUGCGCAAGGAAUAAAACAUUGAGUAUUAUUAAUACACUGUUAGUUCAAAAAAUGUAUUUUGGUCUCAAAACAGAUCGAUCUAUGAUGAGUUUUCUUAGAAGUAGGGCUACCCAGCCUUAGUUUGUACGCCACACAAUGAAUUUCUACAGUAAAGAUUAUGUCGCUUUAGAAAUAAUGUAUAGGCCAUUCAAUAAACAAACAUAAUAUUGUAUGAUGAUAUGAUUUUUCCGACAGGUGAAACGGACCACAAAAAUAAAUAGCUUAGUGUAUUUCGUUCAUUUGAAUUAAAGUAAGCUUUGUUAGAAUGUUCCAGCUUUCUUCUUGUAUCGAUAAACUGCUUAAUUCCAAAAACUGCGUUGUUUAAAAUGUUGAUAUUGUUGUGACCUGCUAUAGGAAUAAUUUGACUAAACAAAGAACAAAACAUGCUCUUUUUAAACCA